AUGGCAGAUUACUGGAACUCUAUUAAUACAAAUUUAAGUGAAACAAUUUCAAAAAUUGAAACAAAAAAUGUUGAGCAUACUGAACGUUUGUUUUCUCCAAGUAAAUGGUCCAAACGUUUUGAGAAUAGUGAUGAUGUUAUACAAAACCACAUAUCGAUAAUUACGAGAGAAACUUACAAUAACAUCGAAAAUUACAUGUUCAGAGAAGGUAUUCCAUAUGGAAGUAGUGAUGGCGAAAAAUUUGAUAUUUAUUAUAAGUAUAGUGAACUUGACAAACCAAUUUUUGUAUAUAUUCAUGGAGGAUAUUGGCAAGCACUGAGUAAACAAAAUUCCGGAUAUUGCGUGAAACCACUUGUUGAAAAUGGAUAUCGAGUAAUAAUUGUAGAUUAUGAUUUAUGUCCUAAUAUAUCAUUAAUGCAAAUUGUUGAACAAAUAAAAAGAGCUAUUUAUUACAUUGUACAAUAUGCCAGUGAUACUAAUGCAAGUUCAAUUACCUUGUGUGGCCAUUCAGCUGGUGCUCAUUUAAUAGCAAAAUCUUUACUUAGCAUUUUUGCCACAUCUGUACCGAAUCUAGAUUUAAUAAAAUCAAUAUUUUUAAUCUCAGGCGUAUACGAUUUAACCAAAUUGUAUAAAACUGAAGCUGUUAAUCCAAAUAAUAUAUUGAAUUUGGACAAAAGAAUUGCAAAAAUUUUAUCACCAAAAUUCACAAAUUUUCAAAUUCUACGAGACUAUUUUAAUCACAUGCAGUUUCACAUACUAGCAGCGGAGAACGAUAGCCCAGCUUUCAUUGAACAAAGUGAAGAUUUUUAUCAGAGAUUAAAUAAAUAUGGUUAUAAUAGUUUUUUGAAAAUUUUUGAAAAUUAUGAUCACUUUGACAUUGUUGAAGAGCUUCGGGAUGAAGAAUUUGAAAUAACAAAAUAUAUAUUGCAAAAUAUAUUAAAAUAAUCAUCUUUUUUUUUGUUUUAUUUAUUUUUCUUAUUUUUUUAUUUCUUUUUUUUAUUAUUUUAGUGCUCACAACGUAUUUCUAAAUUUUUUUACCUUUAAUUUUAUUUUAAAAUACAUUUAUAUUCAAAUUUUUUUUUACUUAUUUACAACCCUUAGCAUUAAAAAUAGUAUUAAAUAUUGUUAAUACAAUUUUAUCAAUUAAUUUGUUUAAACUCACUUGAUUA